AUGGCGGAGCAGUGGAGCAGUGAUGCUCGAGUGGCGCUCAAAUCCGACGGUGGAAAAUUGGAAGUCUGGGAAGGCUCCGGAGUUUUCGAAGAGCUCGGAGUUGUGGCUGGCCGGACGAUGCUCAAGCGUAGGGGUGGUGGACUUGUUGGGAUUUUCAUCUCUCUUGAUGAUCGCAAGACACGGGAGAGCUGUUUUAAAGUCGAGAGAGGAGAUGUUGUCGCAGUUCCGCAAGGAGUGGCUUUGUGGUGGUACAACGGCGGAGACGAUGAGCUGGAAAUCAUGGGAGUCGCACAUCUGGCUGACAAUCGUCACACAAAGCCAUUCCUUGUGGCCGGAGGAAAGCCGGACGAGCAAAGCCGGAGAGGAUUUGGUUUUGGAGCUGUGAUCCAUGGCUUCAGCUCGGGAGUUCUUUCACGGGCCAGCGAAAUGGACAAGAGCAGCGUUCGAGACGUCUUGGAGGGCCAAAGCGGUGUUGGCUUUGUCAAAGUGGACGAGGACGUAACUUUCCCAGAUGCCACCAGCGCUUUCGAUCGAAACUUCAUCUAUCGCCUCCGCGAGAUCCAUCCCGACGUUCGCGUCCAAAACGGUGGGGAGGGGAUCCGAGAGCUCAGCAGCUACAAGCUUCCUAUUCUACGAACCUUGGGGCUUGGUAUCGAGUGUGUCCAUCUCAACAAGGGAGCCAUGGUCGCUCCAAAUUGGUUCCAUGGUAGCCAUCAGAUCCUCUACGUCGUUCAUGGACGAGGAAGGAUCGAGGUCGUGGAUCCCAGUGGCGAGAGAGUUCUCGACGAAGAACUGGAACAAUGCUCGCUCGUUGUCGUUCCAGCUUUCUAUCCUUCUACUAAAAUCGCUUCCAGCGAGGAGAGCUUCCAUUACAUCACAUUCGUCAUAUCCCACAGGCGUAUGAUCUCUUACUUGUCGGGGAGAAAUCCGGUUUACAGAGGAAUGGAUCGCCUCCAACUCAACAAUUAGGUAAAGACUUCCAUUCGAGAUAGCACUGUCAAAGUGGACGAGGAUAUAACUUUCCCAGGUCGAUCCACGGUCCCCAGCUUCAAAACUCCAAAACCGAAGUCUCUUUACUUUCCAAUGUAGAAAAAAAGAGGAGGAAAUUAAUACUCAAAGUUCCACUGCGCCGAUUUGUCUCGAUAAAGAUUACAACUCAAAUGAAGGUUCAU